GUCUACUGACCACUGUAGUAAGAGUUCGUUUACAUACAAAUAUAAUAUAUAAUAUCACUGUGUUGCACUGUCACAUAAACAGCAAUAAUAUCUUCAAAAAGAUGAAUGGAAACAGUGUUCCAGAGAAUGCCGGUAUGAAAAACGACGUUGAGAACCCUUUCACAGUGCUGUCUACUGAUACAAACGCAAGCACAGUCGAAGAUACGAACACUGGCGCAUAUAUCAACAGGCAGACCAUCAGCAACGAUAGUACAAGUAACGCCGAAGAACGACCUCCCGGAAGACCGAAGACGGAUCCGCCAGCCUCAAAGAGUUUGACAUCGGACGUAACAGUUCAGAUGGGGGAUAUAAAUAUAGCGGGUGUUACAAACAGCAAUGUUCUCAACAGGAAUGUAUAUGACAACGAUUUAAAUAGUUGGACGAAUAUUCAUUCGGAAUCGGCAGUUGAUGGCGCUAACGCCAGUCUACCAACUCAAGUUGUACCUGCACCUGCCCCUAGAAGCCCAGUGGUAGCCACAUUAGCCGGUGUUGGUACUUAUUAUGGCAGAACCGCGCUGAAGAUGGCUGGUUCCGUGGCAUCUACAGCAGUUACAUACGCGCGAAGUACAACGGACAACUAUAUUGCAAGCAGAGCGAAUGCUGUGAAGAAAAACACCCCGGCAGCUUCUGAAAAUGAUGACUCGUAUCUUGCACAACAAAAGAACGUUUUGGCGUCGACGCCGUCUUUGACGACUGCGGAUGUGCCUCUGGUAGCGAGAAAAGAUCCAAUUAAUGAAGAGGAAUGGUACGAGUGCUUCAAUGAAGAGGGCCAAAUUAUAUCUCCCGAGUUCGUCAGGAGUCGAGUAUUCACGGGCGGGUGUGCCAAUGACAUUGUGAGGCGUAGUAUGUGGGAGUUCCUACUAGGCGUUUACCGGUGGAGUUCGACAUACGAAGACAGAGAAAACGAGUCGAGGAAGAACAGGAGACAGUAUUACGAGCUACUGGACCUACUGAAUGCAAUGGAGCUCACCCCCGAAGAAGCGGAGUCCAUGGAACAAAUAGACAAAGACGUUAUCAGAACCGACAGGGAGUUGCCCUUCUAUGGUGAUCCAAACGAUACAUUGGACUCGGACGAACCGCUGCCCAUCAAUCUGCAGAAACUGCGGAACAUCCUCGGUGUAUACAGUGUGAUAUUCAACCCGAAGUUGCCGUAUAUUCAAGGAAUGAACGAAUACGCCUCUGCGAUGUUGUACAUACAACAGGGCGAGGAGAGUGAUGCCUUUUGGUGUUAUGUCAAGUUGAUGCAAUUCAUGGGCGAUUUCUUCCUGCCAGAGGACAAGACUGUGAUGAACCGUCAGUUCCAGAUGCUCAUGCAGCUAGUUGGGGACCACUCGCCUAAACUCUACGUGCAUUUGGCCUCUCACGAGUGCACGGACGUGAUCUUUGCGUAUUCUUGGAUUCUGCUGAAUAUGAAGCGACAGUUCCCGUUUGAAGAAUCCGUAAAGGUAUUUGAAACAACCUGGAGCAUGCCCAUGAAAGAAUACCAAGACAACCGCAUCAAUCUCGGUAACAAUCCGUACGUAUUGUUUCUGGCACUGGCCGUAUUCGACAUAGAGAGCAAGAACAUGGAGAGUAUGGACUACGGUGAAAUUCUUAUGCAUAUGAAUACACUGUCAGGAAAGAUGGAUUUAGACUUGGUCCUUAGUAAGCUGGUGGUUUGUAAGUGCGUCAGCGUCUCCCUUGCUCUGCUCCUCUAG